AGAUGCUUCACUAAGCUGCACAAAUUUUUGUGUGACGGAUUGGAAGCAAUUCAUAGUCUGCGUGUCCUGUUCUCCUCGCCGACCCAAGCAAAUCAAAUACACUAAAGCCGGAGCAGGGCAAGCGUGGAAGGCCCAGACACACACACCCAGACUCCUACACCCCUGGUCCGGAGCCAGCAAACCCCUUAUCGGGCAUCAGGAAAGCCCCUCCACCGUUUCUUGCUGCGACAUCCUCCAACGUACUUUGAUUCAACACUCUACCGCUAGGCACUUCUUUUUUUCGCUCAUUACCACGACUGAACACUUCCCACAAUGGCUUCCAAGGCCAUGUGGGAGGUUGAUCCCGAGACGCGCGCCAAGUUGGCCGCGAUCCAGAAAGAGGCCAAGAACAACGUCUGCUGCGACUGUAACGCCCCGUCGCCGCAAUGGGCUUCCCCAAAGUUCGGCAUCUUCAUCUGUCUGUCAUGCGCUGGCGUCCACCGCGGUCUUGGCGUGCACAUCUCAUUCGUACGUAGCAUCUCGAUGGACGCAUUCAAGCAGGUCGAGAUAGAACGGAUGCGGCUUGGCGGCAACGAGAACUGGCGAGACUUCUUCGAGCAGCACGAGGACACCAAGAUGAGGGGAAUCACGUGGGACGACGCGACGAUCGCGGAGCGAUACAGCGGCGAAGUGGGUGAGGAAUGGAAAGAAAGGCUCUCGGCCAAGGUCGAGGGUAAGGAGUACGUCCCGGGCGAGAAGAAGCCUACGCCAGCAGCUGCACCGAAGCCUGUCAGCCGGACGGGCACGCCACUGGGCAGCACGAAUAGCCGCUCGGCCAGCCCCAGCGGUAAGGUCAAGGUGGACGACAAGUACUUCUCCAAGCUCGGCGCCGAAAACGCCUCCCGACCCGACGACCUGCCGCCUAGCCAGGGAGGCAAAUACGCGGGCUUCGGUAGCAGCCCGAUGCCCGAAAAGAAGGACACUGGCAUGCCGACCGUCGACGAUUUACAAAAGGACCCGGUGGCCGCUCUGACCAAGGGAUUCGGCUGGUUCACAAGCACGGUAUCCAAGACGGCCAAGACGGUCAACGAUGGCUACAUUCAGCCCACAGCGAAACAGCUGGCCGAGUCCGACUUUGCGAAGCAGGCGCAGCGCGUCGCCCAGCAAGGCGCUCGUAACGCCCAGGACGGCUUCAACCGGUUUGUCGAGGGCGGACCCAGCAACGGCGGCGGCAGCAGUCAGCGCGGCGCAUACAGGCAGGCACCGCUGGACGAGAGCAAAAAGGACUUUUGGGAUAGCUUUAGUAGCCUUGCGGACCAGAGGCAGGGAAACAGCAGCAGCUCGAUCGGAACCGCUGCUAUGGGCAAGGGUGGCAAGACGGGCAGUGCUGCGGCGCCUGCGGCGAAGAAGGACAACGAUGGCUGGGAUGACUGGUGAAGCGUAUGAGGGGGGGGGCGUUUGUCGGUGACAAGGGGACGGAGGCCGGGGUUGAGUGAGUGAUCGUCGUGCUUCGGCAGGCCUGCAUGUCAUAGAAUAUCAAUUCGGAGCUCCAAUUUCACUUGUUUGAUCACAGGAGAUGCCGUCUGGUAGCACUUAGCACUGCAACCGAUGAAGGCUUGCGCUGAUCCUGCGCGGGCCUGCCAUGUCACCACGUCACUAUGCCACCAUGUCAAGUAACAUUGCGACAAAUAUCGUCGGGAGUGUGAAAGCCGAAGUAUCAUCGGACACGGACGUAAUCCAAAGCAUCGGGAGGGGAUAUAUGUGCACGUAAGUCGGCGUCUUGCUUUCUGCGUGGCCGAAAAGGGUUUAAGGUGGGGCGGUGACCCGAGGUUAGCCGGUAUCGCUACAGUGGACGGCGGUCCUAUUUUCCCCAGUGACGACACGGACCCGAUGCU